AUGCCAUGUGUUAGUGCGGUGAAGAAGUGGGAGAUCAGGCCCACGUCCGUGCUGCAGGGGAUCAAAAACACCAGGGCCCUGAUGUGGCAGUGGAUACGGGAACUGGCCCGGGCCUGUCGGCAUAGGGUGGGGUACCACGCAAAUUACAAUGGCUCGGACAGAGAAGAACAGGAGAUGGUGUGCCUUGAGGUAUUUCUCUCCUCACUGGGCUACUACGAGUUGGAAAGAAGACGCAUGCGUACUGACUUGAAGCAGCCGGUUGGAGAAAAAAAAAACCCUUAUGUUCCAUCGGAUGUAAUCAAGGCAAAGAAUUACCUCUUCUCGCUGUGCAUACAUGGUGAAAUUCCCAUGGGAUCAGAGCGGAUGGAGAUGCGAAAGAGGCAGAUGUCGGUGCAGCAGGAGUCUGCGGCGGGGGGAACUGCACCGGCCCAGCAGGACCAGCCGGGCCAGGCCAACCCACGGGGCUCAAAUGCAUGUUGCUUCUGCUGGUGCUGCUGCUGUAGCUGUUCCUGGAAUGAAGAUCGGGAUGAUAGGAAUCGAAAGGCGUCCUAUGACAUCAAGGAAGGGACCUCAGACUGUGAAGACUGUCCUAAGCCCACGUUGGAGGAGGUGCGCUCGUGGGGGCAGUCGUUUGAUAAACUAAUGUGUUGCCCAGCGGGGAGAAACGCUUUCCGACUAUUUCUUCGCACUGAGUUCAGUGAGGAGAACAUGCUUUUCUGGCUGGCCUGUGAGGAAUUCAGCAAAGAUACCAAUAAGAGUGCAAUAGAAGAGAACGCUCGGGUCAUCUACGAGGACUACAUCUCCAUUCUCUCGCCAAAAGAGGUGAGCCUUGACUCCCGUGUGCGCGAGGCGAUCAACAGAAACAUGCUGGAGCCCACCUCGCACACGUUUGAUGACGCCCAGCUGCAGAUUUUCACACUAAUGCAAAGAGACUCUUAUCCUCGCUACAUGAACUCCCCAGCUUACAAAAAUCUGCUCAAUACUCUCUCAGAGCAGUCCCCUGAAUCUUAGGGUGGUGAUGACCUGUGAUCUUUUAACUCUCUUUAAACCCCCUCCCCUUCCCCUAACCAUACCGUUUUUUUUAUUUAUUAUCAUUUUGUUUGUAUGCUCAGUGUAGGAUUACAUGAGCCAGGCUUCGGGCCUGGCCCCUCCCAGGGAUCUCAGCGCUAUUGUGAUCUGCACCUGACCGAAGACACUCAGGUCUCAAAAUCUCCCGAGGGCUCGACAUCACAAGUACUGCUACAGAUCAACAUAGCAAAACACUCCAAAGGAAUAUGAAUACAAUUGAUUUCUGUUGGCUUUUUCUUUCCUUUUGAUAGAAUUAAUCUAUUUUAUUUGUGUUCAGAGUUUUUUAUGGUCUGUUGUUUUUGUAUAAUUGUUUGGGGGAGGGCGGGGGUGAUUCCUACUUUAGACUAUAUAUUUAUGAGUUUGUAAAUAGUAAAAAAUUUAAUUGUGGAUAUUUUAUGUGGAAACGCCUGGUUCUAUUUACUGCGUAUGAAAAUCAAAGCUCAAGUCAAAGGCUACGUGUUAGCUCUACUUGCAGGCAGCUUUGUGGGGUACCGUAUGAUUUUACCUUGGUUUCCCCUUGUUUUACUGAACCUCACACUUUGGUACAUGUGGCAGCAGCUUGGCAACUCCAGUUCAUGGAGAACCUGUGCGUGAUUGAAAAAUCCUGCCAGCGUGGCUGUCACUGAGGGAACUGAAAGAGACAAUAGCUCAUCACAGGGUGCAAUUUGUUUCCAUAAGAAACUCAAACCAAUAUCGGAAGGGUAUUUAGACUUUUGUUACUCUGUCUUAGCCACAGAUGAUUGCAUAUUUAAGACAAGUUUCUUCUUUUUGUUAAAAUGUUUCAAAGUGCACACCUUAUAGGUUUGAUAUAGUUUUAUCAGUGUGAAAUGAGAACCUUAGUAAUUCUAUAUUUACCAGAGGCAGUAUUUCUUAUUAUUGACCAAACAGAAACACUAUUAGUAUGAAUUACAUCUCAGUGUAGGUACUGAACACACAAUAAUACACUGUCAUAAAAGAUUAGACAAUGCUUUAUUUCAUGGGUCUAUAAUUUUUCAAUAUUUUUUUUCAAAUCUUCCUGGGAAGAGCAAUAACUGGAUCCUAAAAAAAGGAAAAUGAAGAAUUGAAUGGAAAUAAUUUCUUAGUUGAAAUAAUUGUGAACAAUACAUUAGCAGAUACAUUCUGAUUGGAUGAGAGGAAUGGUGACACCGUUGUUGUGUUGGAUGUGUGAGUGUUUCCAUUUUUCUGUGAAAAUUGUCCCAAUACUAGAAAGAAAGUAGAUAAAUUUCACUAAAUGUGGUACUUGUUUUCCUCCUCCGCUAUGAGUGCUGGAGUGUUGACCGUGGACUCAUUUUUUGCCCUGUUCAACGAGUUGCAGUUUAUGGCCUCAACUAUGGAAAUAGAAAAGUACCAACUAAGCCCUCGACUUUUUGCAAUAAUUACACCUUAGAAAAAAGGCUUCUUUUUUCCUGAGAACUUCCUGAGAAUUGUAGACCUGCUAAAUGAAGUACCAUUCCACUAAUCUUAAAACUAAUAUGCUUUUCUCUAACAAUCAGAACUCAUUCUGAGGUCAGGCCGGGUUAGCAAGCAACACCAAAGCUACCAUGUAAACUGUGUUCACAUGUUUAACGAGUGUUUCCAUGUGCUGAAAUUGGAGUUGCCAAGUGUUAAAUAUUUUUUAUCUGUAUGGUUUUAUUACUUUGUUGCCUCACAAACGUGUCACUCAAAGACAAGAUCCUCACAUGGGGAAGUGCCUUGACAUUCAGUUUUAUGACAUCUUUCUCAUGGGCAACGGUUUCAGACCUUUGCCAUGAGGGUGGUUACUGGAGCACGAAGCCAGUUUACUGGAAAUUGUCCCUCUCAUUGGCCAAAUUAUCAUGUGUUUUGUCUUGAUUCCUUAGUCGUGACUUCAUCAGUUCAUGUUAGCAGCGCAGAGGAUGAUGAGAGCACGUCUUUAUUUGCCCUGGACAAAUGAAGAUCAGCGGAUGGGGCUGGUUGAUCAGAACUUCUUGCCAACCUGCGUGUUUCUCGGUGGCACUUGUCGUAGAGUUAACUCUAACCUACUCUGUGCAGCUUGAGCUGACGAGCACCGUGCAGAUCAACCUCAAAACACAAUCUAAGCCAAUGGUUUGGAGUGAUGCCUAUAAUUGUUGUUUCUUCUUCUGUUUACUAUAUAAAAAAUGUGUUAUUUUGCGCUGAGUUUACUCAAGAAUACCUUUUUGAAAAAAACAAAUAAUGUGAAUGUUUACAGUAUAUGGUUUAGAUUUUUUUCUGCUACUCUCCGAGUAAAUGAUGACUUGUGGGCAUUUCAAUUAAGAUAAAAUAAAGCACAAUAAUUUUACUGACUCGUGUGAAUUC